AUGGCGGCGAAAAGUUCGAGGGAGAGGCAGGAGAAGGAGAAGAAGGAGAAGAAGGAGAAGAAGGAGAAGAAGGAGAAGAAGAAAGAGGAAGAACAUGAGCAGGAGGAGGAGCAGGAGGAGCAGGAGCAGGAGCAGGAGCAGGAGCAGGAGCAGGUGAAAUCGAAGGUGGAGACGACCAAGCACAAGAAGCAGAAAGAUCGACCAAAGGAGGAGAACGACGACAACGAGGAGGAGUUGGACAAAAGCGAUCGACAGGAAUCAGACAAGAAGAAGAAGAAGAAGAAGAAGAGCCCUGGAGGCGACGGAGCAGCGAAAGAGGAAGAGGAAGGGAAGAGGGGUCUGAAGAGAGGGACUGAAGCGGGAAGGCUGGACGAGACGCUUCUGCCAUACGUUAAGGAAGUGACCAAACUCGCCAAAGAGAACGAGUUUGAAACUGAUGAGGACAGGUCCUUGUUCGUUGACAACGUGUGGAGGGAGUUGAAGAUGGGAAAAUCCGACCAAAUGAUCCGGCUUAUCACCCACAAGGAGGGGAGUGUAGCUGUCCAGAGCAUCUUGCUCUUGUGCUCCUCAAAGCAGCUCUACAAAGUCUGCCAGGGGCUCAAAGGAGCCAUGGCAAGGAUCAUCUUCAACCCGUACGGUUCGCACGUUCUUGAGACUAUCUUCGACUUCAUCCCCAGUCUGGUGAACGCUUCCUUGGAGGAGAUCUUCCAUAAAAACGAGGAGGAGGAUGAGGAUGAGGAGGAGGAGGAGGAGGAGGGGACAGAAGCAUUUUCUGAGGAGGUGAAGCCUCUAGAGGAGCUGUUCCAGGAGAUCUGCGACGAGCUUUCAGGAGGGUGGAUGGAAAUCAUGAUGGACGCAAGGGGGACCCACGUGCUGAGGGCCAUCUUGAGGGCCCUGUCGGGGCUGCAGCCCAGGGUCAAGGCGCAGACUGGAGAGAGCCCUGCAUCGAACAGGAAGCCGGAGGGAGGAGGAGGGAGACAGGGAGCGAGGCAGACGCACGGGGCCUUCCGUGAGAGCGACUGGAAGCGACGGCCGGUUCCCAAGUCGUUCAAGGAGAGACUGAGGAGCAUAGGGGAGGAGCUGUCGAGUGAGGAGACGGCGGAGGAGCUGGGCCAGAUGGCCAAGAACUCUGCUGCUGCUCCUGUGCUCCAGAUGCUGCUCCUCUCUGUGCGCACCCUGCCCGACAUCGUGGAGAGGGUCACCAAGACGCUGCUCAAGUGGGACGAGGGAGAGUCGUCGGUGAACAAGGAGUGGGUGGUGAAGCUUGCGGCGGACGACUGCGGCAGUCACAUGCUGGAGGCAGUGAUCGAGUGCAUGCCGGACCGGUUCGUCUACCAUGUCUUCGAGAGCUUCAGGGGGAACAUGCUCCAGCACUGCCGCCAGCGCACUGCCAACCACGUGCUGCAGCGGCUCAUCGAGAGGCUGACGGACCCCCCCCAGCUCCAGACGGUCUUCAAGGAGCUGGGAAAGAACCUUAAGGACCUGCUGCAGUGGAACCGAGCUGGGGUGAUCAAGUGCCUUGCUGACGCCUGUAUCCGCAACCAGGAGGCGCAGAGCGACUUUGUCAAGUGGAUCACUGCAUCCUUCGAGCUCUCCCAUCCCAAGCACUUCCCCCGCCUCGUCCCUUCCAUCCUCGUGCUGAAAACGCUCCCAGAGUCCUUUGAGGAGGCGCAGGAGGAGGAGGCGAGCGAUGGCAGGCGAGGGAACUCUGCCCAGGGAGGAUGGAGCCAGGUCUCGUGCCUGAUGGGAUCUCUACUCCUGCAGUCCAUGGUCCGGUUCGAGGAGGAGAGCAUCAGCCCGAUCAUAGCGAGCUUCACCUCUCUCUCUCCCUCCUACCUCCUCAGGAUCUGCAAGGACCCGACGGGCAGUCGGGCGGUUGAGGGCUUUGUGAGCUCGAGCACGAUACCUAUCAAGACCAAGAUGAAAUUUGUCGACGUCGUCACCUCCCUCAGCUCGAGCCUUGCUGUCGACAAGUUCGGCAGCCACAUCGUGGAGGCUUGUUACAAGCACGCGAACAUCGAGAGGAGGAAAAGCCUGGUGGCAGCGCUCUCGUCCUGCUCCAAGCAGCUCAUGAAGAACUACUUCGGGGCCAUCGUGUGCAAGAAAUGUCGGGUGGAGCAGUUCGAGAAGCAGGAGAAGGAGUGGAUGGAGGCGGAGGAGAGGAGCGUGCGGAAGAGGAAGAUGUUUGAAGAGAUCCUAGAAGAUGAAGGGGAGGGGAAGAAAGGAGGGAAGCACGCAGAGGCUUCGUCCAAGAAGCACAAGAAGCACAAGAACGACAACAAGGCUGACAAGGAGGAGGAGGACGUUGAGGACGAGGCGGCAAGGGAUGCGAGGAUUGCUGCUGAGAAUCUAGAGAAAGCCAAGAACUUUGCAGGCGGGAAGCUCAACAAACUAGUCCAAAAGCUGGGGGUGAAGGACGAGCCCAAGGCGGAGGGAAAGAAAGACAAGUCGAAGAAGAAGGGCAAGAAGGACGAGUUGGCAGAGUUCAACGAGCGUUUGAAGAGAGACGGCGGUGCUGCAGAUGAGAUAGACGAUCUGUUUUCUUCCAAGAAGGCCAAGAAGCACAAAAGAUAA